AUGGCGUCUGGAGGGCAGCAGUUUCCACCACAGAAGCAGGAGAUUCAGCCUGGGAAAGAGCAUAUCAUGGAUCCUACUCCUCAGGCUACUAGUCAUGAGUACAAGGCCGCCAAUAAGCUUCAUUCUCAUUGCAUGUCAUGGUCAUUUUUGCAGGGAAAGGUGGCACUGGUGACCGGGGGCGAUUCCGGCAUCGGCCGAGCUGUCUGCCAUUGCUACGCACUGGAGGGUGCAACUGUGGCAUUCACAUACGUGAAGGGUCAGGAGGACAAGGACGCACAACACACCCUCCAAAUGCUGAAGCAAGCAAAGAGCCCCCAAGCGAAGGACCCAAUGGCCGUGCCGGCCGAUUUGGGAUAUGAUGAGAACUGCAAGAAAGUGGUGGACGAGGUCGUGAAUGACUAUGGAAGGAUUGAUAUUCAGGUUAACAAUGCCGCUGAGCAGUACAAGGCAGCCUCGGUGGAGGAGAUUGAUGAGGAGAGGCUUGAAAGGGUGUUUAGGACUAAUAUAUUUGCUUACUUCUUUAUGGUCAGGCAUGCUUUGAAGCACAUGAAAGAAGGGAGCUUCAUCAUCAACACAACAUCAGUUACUGCAUAUAAGGGACACCCUACGCUACUUGACUACGCCUCCACCAAAUGGGCCAUUGUGGCAUUUAUUAGAGGACUUGCACUCUACCUAGUAGACAAAGGCAUACGUGUCAACGGGGUAACUCCCGGUCCGAUCUGGACACCGCUGAUUCCGGCAUCCUUCAGUGAGGAAGAAGUGAAGAAAUUUGGGGCUAAUGUGCCAAUGCAUAGGGCAGGUCAGCCUAUUGAGGUUGCACCAUCCUAUGUUUUCCUUGCCUCUAACCCAGAGUCCUCUUAUAUGACCGGACAGGUCCUCCACCCAAACGGUAUGUCCUUCGACAAUCCUAUAACACGUAUUGAGAUUCUUUUUUGGUCUUAUUAUAUUAAGUCGGUUCUCCACCAAUACAUGGAGGGUAAUCUAAUAUACAGGUGGAACGAUAGUCAAUGGUUGAUGAGAACUGCUGUUGGCGUUUUUUUUUAG